AUGAACGUCGGCAAGGCCCUCUUCCUCUUAGGCUGGCUAUGCCUCGUCCAUCUCGCCGGUCUCUACCUUUUCACAAGAGGAUUCCUCCUGACGCGGCUUUCGCUGUCGGAAGUGAGCGACUGCUCCCAUGCACCAUGCACCCUCCGGCCGACACACAAGCGCGCUGUCCUGCUCAUCAUUGACUCCCUUCGCUUCGACUUCAUCAGCGAUGCUCCACCAGAACCCGAGUCGCCAUACCAUCAUAAUGUGCUCACCCUACCGAGGGAACUGACUGCGAAGCAGCCCGCGCAUUCGGUCAUAUUCAACGCCUUUCCCGACCCUCCGACAACCACUUUACAACGCAUAAAAGGGUUGGUGACCGGAUCGUUACCGACGUUCGUCGAUAUGGGCGCGAACUUUGGAGGUUCUUCAAUUGACGAGGACUCGACCAUCAAGCAAAUGUGGUUAGCGGGCAAACGGAUAGCGUUCAUGGGCGACGAUACAUGGAUGACCGUGUUCCCUGACACAUUCGACCCUGACAUGACCCAUCCGUAUGAUUCCUUCAACGUCGAAGACCUCCAUACCGUGGACGAAGGUGUCACCACCCAUCUCUUCCCUCUCUUGGAGCAGAAGGACAAGAGAUGGGACUUCCUCAUCGGACAUUUCCUCGGGGUUGACCACGUAGGACACCGAGUUGGUCCCGACCAUCCCACGAUGAAGGCGAAACUAGGGCAAAUGAACGACGUGCUAAGCCGCGUAGUCGAGCGUUUGGAGGAUGAUACCCUCCUGGUUGUGCUCGGGGACCACGGUAUGGACAGGCGUGGGGAUCAUGGAGGCGACGGCGAGCUGGAGACGUCAGCUGGGAUGUGGUUUUAUAGCAAGAAGCCGUUCGUCACAUCGCUUCCAUCGUCCCUUGCCACCUCGCAUGGCAACACGACGUUCCCUGGGGCCGCUGCAGCUCAUCGAGCUAUCCAGCAAAUCGACCUUGUCCCAUCAUUGUCGCUCCUCCUCGGUCUUCCUAUCCCCUUCAACAACCUGGGGUCGGUCAUACCUGAGCUUUUCCUAAGUCGUGACGGCGGCAAGGAGUACCAGCGCGCGCUGGAGCUGAAUGUGGCCCAGGUCAAGCGAUACUUGGACACAUACAGGGCAAGUCCUUCUGGAGGCGAGCUGGAUGCUGUCUGGGACAGCCUUCAAGCGACGUGGAAGGCCGCUUCCGACCGCAAAGCUUACGAAUAUACCGAAUACAUGCACAAAUACGUCCGUCAGGCGCUAGCUGCCUGCCGUUCGUUGUGGGCUCAAUUCGACGUGACUCUCAUGGUGUUGGGCCUUAUCCUCAUCUUCUCUGGUGUCGUGGUUUGUUGGGCGGUUUUCUCCAGCCUCGGGAGCGGUGUCGGCGCGGAGGACUGGGAAGGUUGGGUUGAUGAUCUGAUGCCCAAAAUCAUACGCGGCUGCGCUGGGGGUUCGGUGGUGGGCACUCUCUCUUUCAUCGGACUGGAGAAGUACAUGGGGGCGAUCAGUCCUUUGGACCUCGUCAUAUUCGGAUCGUUCCUCUUGUCGUCAAUAAUUGUCGUUAUCGCGAAUCCUCCGCGGCUCGGCCUCGCUACACUGAGGUCCUUCCCUCUGCCGCUUGUUCUGCAUGCGAUUGCGUUCUUCUCCAACUCAUUCACGUUCUGGGAGGAUCGUUUACUGCAGUAUCUGCUGCUAACCACGCUCGUGCCAUUCGUGUUAACCGGUUUCACCGCGCCGACCCCCACGCUUCGAAAGCGCAUCCUAGGGUUUUCCGCCGUGUUCGCGGUCUGUGUCCGCUUGAUGGCCGUCAGUACGGUCUGCAGGGAGGAACAACAACCGUACUGCCAUGUCACCUUCUUUGCGUCCUCAUCCCUACCCUCUCCACCUCCUGCCAUCCUCAUCCUCUCCUUACCAGUCGCGGUGCUCCUUCCUUCGGUGAUAGGACGUUACCUUGGAAUCUCGAAGUCUGAUCGGGGUGUCGCCCCGUUAUUCUUCCCAUGGCUCAUGCGCCCGGCCCUCGUUGCUGGGAGUUUGGGUUGGAUUCUCGAAUGGAUGGAAUCCGCAGAGGUGCUCGGCAUGGAUAAUUCGCCUCUACUGCGCACCACUCGCACCAUCCUCGCGCGCUGCUCGAUUGGCGGCGUCCUCGUAGCAGGACUCACCUUAUGGUGGAUAAUACCUGCAUGCCUCGAAAUUGUCGUCGAGAACCCUCCCGCUACGUCGCCCCAAAAGACGAAGAAACAGGUCACUGUGCUCGGUUUUGCCAACGCAUUCGGCUCGCCGUAUCUCGUCUUUUGGUGCAUCUUCCUGACGUUGCUCUGCAUUUGCACGCAGUUGACAGGUCAAGUCGUGCUCGCUUUAGCCGCAGUUGCGUUAUUAUCAUAUCUCGAGCUCGUCGACAGCGCUCGUGACGUGGAGCAGAUGAACGUUGCUUUCGCGUCAAAUACUCCGUCCUCCAUUCUCAAUCUCACCCCAGGAUCCCCGACCACGCCAGUAACAUUCUCGGAGAUCAUACCUCUAGCUCUCCUAGGCCUACACACAUACUACGCAACCGGGCAUCAAUCGACCAUAUCAUCAAUACAGUGGAAGACGGCCUUCGUGCUGACAUCAACCUUAACUUAUCCGUUCUCUCCGGUUCUCGUGAUCCUAAACACGUUCGGCCCGCACUUUCUGUUUGCGCUCGCUGCACCGCUGCUUGCACUAUGGAAUGUCUCGCCCCUUCCACAACAUGCGGCAUCCGCAAGGGCUGCUGCUGCAUCCCUCAGGGCCGCGGUCGGCAUCGUCGCCUACUUCUGCGUCCUCUUACUCGGAACCGCGCUGAGCAGCGCAUGGCUUCGGCGCCAUCUCAUGGUGUGGAAGGUGUUUGCCCCGCGCUUCAUGGCGGGCGCUGCGGGAUUGAUUGCGGUAGACGUGGCGGUCCUCCUGGCGAUCGGCUUUGGCACCCCACGAAUAUUGGCUAGGAUAGGCCGUAUAUUUGCAGGAACCGGUGGGCCGAACGACGCGGCUGCGGAAAAGUGA